AUGGGACUGGACGAGAAUGGAGACCGACACUUUCCCUCCCUCGCUCCUGAUGCGGCAACCUUUUUGACAAGCGAGCGGAGUCCGUACGGGAUCGGUCUGGACGGGCCUUCACUGGAUCACUAUCCGGAGCUAACUGUUCACAAGAUCCUCGCCGCUGCUAGCUUGUACACUACAGAGAACUUGGCCUGCCUCUCGCGUGUGCCGGCUAAGGGGGCAACGGCUGUCAUCCUUCCCAUGAAGAUACUCGGAGCCAGCGGCGCCCCCGUCCGCGUUGUCGCUACUUUACCCUGA